AUGCUUCCAUGGCGCCCUGUUGAACUCCUUUGUGUGCUUCUAGCAUUUGUGGAAGCCGAUGCGGCUGAUGACGACUUGGACUUGUCCUGUGCUAUCGACACGUCUGAAUGGAAGACGUAUCAUGCUGUUUACGAGAUUGCUGCGCGGGCCACGGCGAUCGAGGACUCCAACGAGAGGAGCGCCGCAGCAGCUGGCCUGGCAGAGCAGCUCUUGGCCCGAACUGCAAACGUGACGGAGGUGCUCUCCUGCAACGUGGGCGUGGUGGCUGGAUAUUAUAUCUUGGCAAGACUCAUUUCCCCGACAGCUGUCGACACUCUCGGCUUUGCAGGCGGUGCGCCGGAGGGUUUGACUGGCUUGGCAUACCGGCUUUUGCAGCUGGCGCUUGUUUUCAUCUUCACUCUCCGAAAUGCAAAUCGUAUACCCGAGGCCCCCGCUAAAGCCUGGGGGGUGACUGAGCAUCAUAUCAUACCGGCAAUUAUGCAAAUGCGCCGGGGUCAUGACCAAAGGCUGCGGCGAGAGUUUCGGAACCUGGUGCCGAUUGCCCCCUCCUUUCGUGAUCCAACACUGAAGAUCGCCGUGGUCUCCAUCUGCGCAUACCCGGAAGAUCAUCCGCUGGCACUGCCCAGGCUCACGCCUUCGAAUCGCGAAGCUUAUGCUGAGCACCAUGGUUAUUCCCUGCGCCUUCACCUGGAGCACCCCAUCAUUGGGGCACAUGGGUUGGGAGUACAACAUGCCAAGCUGGCUACAGUGCUUGCCUACCUCCAGUCCAAUAAGUAUGACUGGGUGGCAUGGCUCGACUGCGAUUCCAUCAUCAUGAAUAUGAACCGCACGUUGGACUCGGUCAUCUACCAGUAUGCUCAAUACAAGCAAGGGCGAGGGUCAGACACGGAAGUUGCUCCCGUAUGCGGAGAGGAUGAGGAUGCUGAAGACCUGGACUUGCUGACCGGAAAGUGGCUCGACUCCUGGGUGGCGGAUGAGUACCGAGAGGAAGGGGCUAUUUAUAUCUCCAGAGAAAGUGACAGUGACGAAGUGCAGGCCGAGGCACAGCAGAUCGGCCGUUCCGGAGGGAGGCUGGUGGAUGGCCGCUUGGAGAUGGACUUUCCGGGCGGAUCUCUGCAGGCCAGCAUUGUUUGGAAGGACGGCGAGGGAAGCCCCAGGCAAGCGGAGAGCCUGAAGUGGGACAAUGGAGCCGUUUGGAUACACCAGCUGGAGGACAAGAUGGAGCCUUGCCGUGAGCCCUGCAGAGAGCCCGGACCGGGCUGCAAUGUGAACCUGCUCAUUACUGAAGAAGGAUGGGGCCUCAGCUCUGCAAACUGGAUCAUUCGGCACAGCGCUUGGUCGAUGAAGUUUUUACACGAUGCACUGACAGCUGCGCACGUGGAGCUCCAGCUUUUUGGGGAUCAGGAUGCCAUGAUCCUUAACCUCAUGAACAGACAGGCACUGGAAGCCACGCAGACAGGAGCCGAUGCUGGAGAGCCAGACCCCAUUGAUCGGCAUGCUGCCAUCGUGCCACAGUUCGAGCUAAAUGCCUACGAUGCCUUGAAUGCCUUGACCAUGGAUUGCGACGCUUUUGUGGAGGGCGACCUUCUGGUGACAUUCCCACAGUGCAAGGAUGCGGAGGGCUGA